UUAUUUAUACCGCGACAAUCUCGUUUUCUUUGCAAUUUUCAAACUUUUUUACAGGUUAUAAUAAUGACAAGUAUGUCAAAUUUAUUUGUUUUUAAAACCGCAAAACAAUUUAGUACCUUUAUUCAAGAAAUAAACACUCUCAAAGAAGUGAUACGAUGUCCUAUGUGUGGAGAAUUGGUUGAAGAUCCUUUAUGCGCUUCGUGUAAUCACACUUUUUGUUCACAAUGCGUUUCAAUUUGCAACAAUAAUAAAUGUCCGAUUUGUAAAACUACAAUCAAACAAGUUCCAAUUAACAAUUACAUUAAAAAUUUAUUGGCAUGGCUUCGGAAAGUAGACACUCAAUUAAAAACAACUUUUAAUUGUGAUGUUUUUAAUUUAAAUUACGAUGAAAUUACAUUGAUAUUUAAUAAGAAUUUCUUAAAGGAUUCAAAAGAUGUGGUUGACUCAACGAGUAGUGUUUCUACUUUUGAUAAACUUCUUAAUUCAGUUUCGUUAAAUCAUCAUAAAAGUAAAUCAGUUAAAAAGUAUAUUAAAAAAGGUAAUAAUAAACUAAAUCUUGAGUCAGUUAAAGUCGAUGGGUCUUUAUCGAGGAAAGGCGAGUUUAAACAAGACGUUUUUAAGUGGUUAGGAAGUACAAAAAAUAAUUUUGAUCGUUUAUUAACACAAACUCAAGAUGCUAUUAAUGAAGAUUCAGAAGAUUUUUUAAGUUUACCGUCUGUUUCACAAAAGAUAACUCAAAAAAAAUGCACAGGGCGUUCAAAAUCAUUUGAAAUAAAGCCAAAAGGUCAUGUUAUGAAAUUGAGAAGGCGUUCAAAUCAAGAAUUAAAUCAUUCAGAUAAAGAAGAAGUUGUAAGAUUAUUGGAGGAAGAAUGUCUUGAUCGUAUUGAAAUGGAUUUGAAUCAAAAACCAGUGAAUAAAACAAGUAAUAGUAAAAGUGGUUGGAAAAGAAUGAAAAAAAUGAACAAAAUUUCUAAUAAAAAUAAAGGUAAAUUACCGGAAUUAAAUGUUACUUUAACAUCACCCUCAGAUAAUAAAGAAAAUAUUAAUAAAAAGCUUACACCUAAUCAAGUAAUUAGGGAUGAGAAAAUUAAUAAAAAUCGAAUUUGUUUUGAAAGCCCCAAUAUUAACAGAAAGAAACGCAAAUUAAAUGAUUUAAGUGAUAGUUCUGUAAUAUCUUUAAAUAAGCGUGUAUUAAUCGAUCAAAGCACACAAACUUUAUUCUCCAUCACCUCUACAUCCAUUCAAACCGAAUCGAUUCCAGAAAUUAAGAAAAAAAUGCGUGAUGUUGAUACUCAAACUGACCCAAUCGAUUUUAAUAAAGAAAAUAAAUUAAAAAAUAUAUCAAUACAAACAAUUACUUUUGAUACAACUAAAAAUGUCUGUACAAUUGAAACCCAAACUGAUAUUGAUGAUGAUAUUUUUGAAAUUAAAACUCAACCAAUUAUAAUAAAAAAACCAUCUCAGAAAAUUAAUAACGAAACCCCUCAAAAUUCUGCUUUAAUUGUUUCAUUAACAAAUCCAAAAAUUCAUUCGAAAGAAGAAUGCGAAGAACGUAUUGCUGAAAUGUUAAAGAAUUAUAAACGAAUUGUUCAAGUCGACUCAGAUAGCGACACUGACGAUCAAAAUAAACCCACUAAUAAUAAGAGCAAUAAAAGUAAUAAACUAAAAAAUAAAUACAUCAUGGACGAUUUAUCAGUUGAAAUAAUGUCUGAGAAUAUCGAUAGUACGAAAUCAAGCGAAAAUUUAACAUUAAAAAAUUCAAACAAAGUCGAUUACGAUCGAUAUUAUCAAAACGUUAUGAAAAAAUACGAAAAUAAUGAUGCUAAUAACGAACCUUCGACGUCUAAGAAAAAAACUGAAUCACAAAAUGUAUACGAAAGAUGCGACGCUAUGAUUAAAAAUAUCGUUAAUAAAUCACAAGCCGAUAAUGAACGUAAACCUAGCGUUAAAAGUAGUAAUAAAGAAAAUAUUGAGACAACUGAUUUAGAAAUUAUUGAAGAAUUUAGUAAAGCAUUUACAACACCACAAACUAUAACAAAUAAAUCGCAAAGUGAUCACGAUGUUUUGCCUUGUACAGAAGCUAUGAUGGAGAAUAUUGAUGUGGAAGAAUUGGAAAGGUGUUUUGAUUUAAAAGAAAAUAAUCGUUCCAAUGUUUCUUUGGAGAAAGAGAUAGGGAAGAGUGAAAAUAAAGGCAUUGACGAGGAAAAACAAAGUUCUAAUGUUGUUAUUUUACAAAAUGUUUUGAUGAAAAAGGGAAGAGGGAAUGAAACGGUUGUUGAAGAGGAAGAUCAUGCGAGUGCUCAUAGUGACGAUUUAUUUAAUAAUACAGAUGAUGAAGUUCAAGUUGUUCAAUAUGAUGAGGAUGUUGUUCAAGAUUCACCAAAGAAGGUGACAAAUGGAGGUUUAGAAAAGUAAGUUUAUUUAUUUUGAAA